AGUGUUAGCUUGACGAAGCAAAAUCACUUUUCAGUCAGAGGAAAGAAGAGCUGUGAACAUGUCCGCAGGAAGUGUUGCUAAGGACAGCAGACCAGCCACAGACAGGGCGGCAUGCACGGAGAACCUAAUAGAGACCGAUGCCUUCAUGACAAGCUCGUUAGCUUUGGAUCCUGCAGAGGAGUACAAGAUGGGCAACAAGCGGCGAGGCCUUGCACUCAUCUUUAACCAGGAGCGCUUCUUCUGGCGCCUGGGUUUGAGUGACAGACAUGGAACCAACGCUGAUCGCGCCAACUUAGAGAAAAGAUUGCUAGAGUUAAACUUCGUUGUGAGGAGUUAUGACAACUACAAACAGGUGGAAGUCCUGGAUAAAAUCUACGAAGCUGCUGAGGAAGACCACUCGGACGCCGACUGCUUUGUGCUCGCCUUCCUGAGCCAUGGCGAAGAUGAUCACGUGUACGCCUACGAUGGCAAGAUUAGCAUCCAGGACAUCACAUCCCUGUUCAAAGGAGACAAGUGCAAGAGCCUGGCAGGAAAGCCAAAGAUUUUUAUCAUACAGGCAUGCCGCGGAGACAAGCAUGAUGACCCGGUGACCGUCUGUGACGCUGUGGACAGCGACUUAAAGACAAAUGAGGUGGUGGUGGAUGCUAGCGCCGUACACACCCUCCCUGCCGGGGCAGAUUUUAUCAUGUGCUAUUCUGUGGCUGAAGGUUACUAUUCCCACCGGGAGACCAUAAACGGCUCCUGGUAUGUCCAGGAUCUGUGUGAGAUACUGCGGAAGUUUGGAGAUUCCCUUGAAUUCACAGAAUUACUCACGCUGGUCAACAGAAAAGUGUCGAUGAGGAGCGUUUUGUGCGCCAUUGACCGGAACGCCAUUGGGAAGAAGCAAGUGCCCUGCUUUGCUUCAAUGCUCACCAAGAAACUCUACUUCCGACCAAAAAAAUAACAACAUAAGACCUCAGUUAUUAAAUGAGCUGGUUUAACAUAAAAGCCAAAGAAAUAUGGGCUUCUGAUCUGAGAUUUAAAACAAGAGAAACAGUGCAGAUUUUCCUCUAAUCCUAUUUCUGCCCAUGGACAUUGUUAUUAUUGACAUAUGCAUCGAAAAAAGAGCUAACCAGUUGCCUUGAUGUUUCUAGUGAUAUAAGUGGUUAUGAAAUAACAGGAACAGCCUCCAUUUACAUCAGGUGAACAUAUUUAAAUAUUUGUGGUCACAGGCAGUCACUUUGUUCCUGCCAUUAGAAUGCAAUCCAGUAAAACAACUCCUGCAGUACUUUAAGUUAAACUAUGUGUUGGAAACAGCUACCCAUAUGCUGUUUUAUACUGUACGUGUCAUAUUUAUUGACUGAACUGAACUAAAUAAUCAUGACAUGAGAUACGGCAGCGUCCGAGUCUUUUACCACCUAAGCUUAAGAAGUUCCUGGAGAAUACCCCAAAUGGUAUGUCAGUUUCGCUCAUCUUUGUUAAGAUAAUAGUGUCACUCAGGUUAAAAUGACCGUAAUUCUUGAAGCUAAGUUUUGAUGUGACUGUCCUGGAUCGUAUUCUGUUGCGAGGUGUUCCUGUUAUUUUGUCCAAUCCCUGUAGAUCAGUACACAUUUUGCACUUUCAAGAAAUUGCUUUUAAACUAUGGACCACAUUCCACGUUCUUUGUAAUCAAGUUUAAAUUACUGUUAGCACAAAAAAUGUUGCCUUAUCGAGCACGUAAACUUACAAAAAUUCUGGUUUUCUUGGCUGUUAAGUCGGUUGCGGGUACGCCUAUGAGCCAGACAAAAUACUUCACAACUUAUCCUGUGAGGCGAUUGACAGAACAGCAUGGCAAUAAGGAAUCAGUGCUGUAAGUGACUUUUGUUCACAUCAGGGUUUAAUUGUCUCACUGUAAGCACAAAUAAUCAGUAAUCUCUCAACAGAUCGUCCAAUCACUACAUAAACAUGCUGUUUUUCUUCAAGCUCUCCUUUAAAAAAAAAAAAAAAAGGGAAUUUGUGUUUGUGCUGUUCUUUGUGUCACAGCAGUUUACAGUACAUUUGAUAAUGCGUAUUUGCACCCAAAAUGACAACCAACACUUGUGUGUGAAGAACCUCAGGGAGGAGGGUGUAUUUUUUUUCCAAGCUGUACUGUGGACUGAAAACACUUCCAGCUGUAUAACAUGAUCUGUGUCAAGAAAAAUGAAUCUACCAGCAUACACACUGAUUCUGUUUUUGUUUUAUAAAACUGUAAUUCUUUGAAUGGUAAAAA